AUGCCAAGGGAUCUAGGAGAACGAGCUCAAGAUUUCAGAGAGCAAUGGCUCGCACCAUCGGGAGGAUGGUUAUCAGAACUGGUAGUGACUUUAUCUGAUCUCACGGGGAUAUGGGACAUAAUCAUUUUAUCGGGUGUAUUCGUGGGAAGUUGGAUUAUACUGAGGACAAGUCCUAUGGAGAUAUCAUUGAUUUUGGGAUUCGGAUUUGACCUAGCCAUUCCUCUACAGUACCAAAACGACGAAGAAUUAUCUUAUCGACAUGAGGUUCACCUACAGAAUUAUUGGCGGACAUUCAUCAUUGGAUGUAUAGUCGAAGGUGUAUCUUUCUUCCUUCUUCAUCCUGACUUGUUCACCUUGAUUGUCUGUAUUAAGACUACGUUCAUGUUGGUCAUGUGGCUGAGUAAGGAUCAAGAAGGCUUGCAGAUAAAACCUCGUAGCUCAAAGUCAGGGAGGAAUGAACCUCCAAACUCUCGUUCUCACUCUCAUCGAUCGUCCCCUCCCGAUUCUUCCAGCGAGUCCGAGUCGGAUUCUUCCCGGCCCUCCCGUCGAUCUUCUCCUUCAAAAGCGCCCUCAAACAUCCCACCAUGCAAGCAUAUUCAGAACUCAUACAAGUAUCUCAAACGAGCAGGGUACGAAGAUCCCGCUAUAGCCGGCAUGAACCUGACUAUGAAUCAGGCUGAUAAAAAUAAAGCUAAGAAGAUGUUCGCCGGCUGGACAAAAGAGAGAGAUCCGAAGAAUAUCGCAAGGAGGAAUAAAGAGUAUGCUGAAAGGGCGAGAAAAGCAGGUUGGAAGCCCUCUUCUUCCUUGUCUUCAGACUCCGACUCCAACAGGCAAUCCGGCUCGAGCAAUAGUCAAAUGCCUCAAUCAAAGCAUGUUCCAGACGCUUACAAGUACCUGAAACGGGCUGGGUAUGACGACCCUGCGAUAGCGGGGAUGAUCUUAUCUCUAAACCAGAUAGGCGAUAAAGAAAAGGCCGAGAAGCAAUUCAAAUCUUGGGCAAAGGAGAAAGAUCCCAAACAAAUUGAAAGGCGGAAUGUACAAUAUGCAGAAAGGGCGAAAAAAGCUGGCUGGAACGGAUCUUCUUCUCAGCCACAAUCCCAGUUACGAGCGGGAGAUAGUGGUAGUAGGAUAGUUGAUGAUGGACCAUCCAACAUGCCUAUAUCAUACCAUAUACCCACGUCUAAAACGUAUCAAGCAUUGAAGAAAGCAGGAUACGAGGAACCUGCUAUUGCAGGUAUGAUCAUAGGUAUGAAUGGGAGUGAUGAGAACCAGGCUUUGCAGAAUUACAAGAUAUGGACAGAAGAGAAAGACCCGAAUCAGAUCAAACGGAGGAAUCAACAACAUGGUGAAAGGGGUAAACAAGCUGGGUUUCCCGAUAAGAACAAAAUGAAUGCUGCGUCUGGUGGACCACCUUCCGAGAGGAUCAAAACUAAAUUAGGUAUACCAGUGGGAUCAGUAAAGAAAGUCGAAAAUAUACUGAAUUCAAAAGAUUUCAAGAAAAAAAUUAAAUCCGAAGAGAAAAAGAAAAUAUUGGAUAUCCUCAAAAACCCUAAAUCGGAGAGAGAGAUUAUGCAAGUGGUAAAUAAAUUGAUGUUAUUGGGGAUAAAUAUCAAACAACCGGAAUUUCAAGAUGGAUGGGGUUCGUCGGAUGGCAAAGGUGGAUAUAGAGAUAUAUUGAUCAGGGAUAAUGAUAGGAAUAUGUUGAUUAAAUCGAUGAAGAAAAAAGGUCAAUUCUCAAAAGAGGAAAUGAUGAAAUGGGAUAAAUUCCUUAGACAACCGUUUUCAAGGAGAGAAUUGGAAGAAACGGUUAUACCGUUUGCAAAGAGGAUAGAUGCCUACAUAGGUGAAGGAUAUCAUGGAACGGGACCACAUCGAUUCAGAGAUAAAUGGUUGCAAAGUAUAAAACCACGUAUCAAGGAGAGGAAUACUAUAUCAACAGCAGUACUGGAUCAAGCUAUAUUAUAUGUCAUUAACAGGAAAGAUCCAUCAGAGACUCAAAGUAUAGUAGAUAGAUGGAUCAAACAGGGUAUGACGAAGGAGGAGAUUCAACAUUUUAGUAAGCAGGUAGAUUGGGCGUGA